AUGCGCUGUCCCUCUCAACGUCCUCGUCUCUUCCGCUCGCCCGCCCACCCCCGCUGUUCCGUUCCCCCUUCCCCCCCGCAGUUCGACGACAUGGUGUGGCUCGAGUUCGGCGCCGACGAUCACAUUGUGCCCGCGGAGGCCGCCAACGCCCAGGGGGACUGGUCGGCGGAGAUGGGGUGCGCGGAGGAGAGGGGCGCACGGCCGGCUGGGGACGGAUUGGGGGCAAGCGGAGACAGGCGGUCGGUUCGCGAGAUGGAAACCGACGGGGCGCUCGGGGAGUGGAUGGCGGAGGCCGGGGGCGCCCCCGGACGGGAAGUGGCGCAGAGGGGAGAGGAGGGCGCGCGGAAGGCGGGUAAAGGAGAAGCGGCGGACGAUUUUACGCUGCAGCAGUGCGCGGAAAGGGAGGGCGGAGCGGGGCGAAGCGGGACGGGCUACGGGUAUGGUUACGGGAUGGGUUACGGGCAUGGGGAGUUCGGCGGUGGCAUAGGGGGGGGCGGCGGGGACGAGGGCGCGGUGAUGCGCAUGAUGGACGCGCACAUGCGCGCCAACAUGGGCAUGGACGCGCGCGGGGGCGCUAGAGGCAUGGGGAUGGGGAUGGGGAUGCAGCAGAGCGAGGCGCGCGACGGAGGGGGGGAUGCGCGCGUUGCGGGAGACGCGGACAUGGGGGAAAAGGCGGAGGAGGGGGUGGGGGACAGGGAGAGGGCAUGCAAUGGAGGCGAGCCAGGCCUCAGUGGCGGAGGGCGGGGCGGUGAGGCGGAGGGGGCUGCGGCAGUGGAGGCGGGCGGCGCAGUGGGUUGGGGCAGCGGGGAGCCGGCGGCGGAACACAGCGGCCUCGGCCACCGUGCACUCCCGUCAGUGCCCCACCCCCCUCUUCUUCAGUCCCCACCCUUCCUCCCAAACAACUCUCCUUGCUUCUUCUCCUGUUGCCCCCCUCCCCUGGCAUUGGCGCUCCCUUCCGGCUGCGGCAGGAGCAUGGAGGGGAUGGCGGAGAGGGGUGGGGAGGGCGCGAGAGAGGUGACGGCGGAGGAAGAGGAAGGUUCCAGAAACUUCAGCACGGGGGAGAAAAUGGGGGGAAGGGGGGGCGGCGGAGAUGCACAAGUAGGGGCGAGCGAGGGAGUGAUGGGGGAGGAGCGAGGCGCGGAGCAGGGUGGGGCGGAGUGUGCGAGGGUCAGCGUGGGCGCACACGAAGGGCGCGCAGGCGACAGGCGCGAGGGGGGCGAGGAUGAGGGGGAGGCAGAGGGGAAGGGGAAGGACGAAAGAGCAGGAGGAGCAGCAGAGGCAGUGGCAGCGAUGGGUGGAGGCAUACGGAGUGGUGUGAGCGAUGCGGUGAGUGCGAGCGAUGCGCACUUGGCACGGCGGCGAGUGUUGGCACGGCGGCGCAACGAGAGGGAGCAGCGCGCUCCUGCAGCAAGGAAGACCGCCCACUCCGCCGCUGCUGCUGCGCCCGCCGCCCGCCCUGCCACCACCCACCCGCACCUGCACACUCACGCUCACUCCCAUUCGCACUCGCACUGUGCGCCCCUGGCGUCCUCCUCCCCCACGGUGGCCUCCGCGCCCCCCCCUCUGCUGCGCCACUCCCUCAUCGCCUCCCCCUCCGCGCACCCCCCUUCCCCUUCCGUCUCCUCGCUCCACACCGCCUCUCUCCCACGCUCUGUCCCCACGCCCUCCUCACUCCCCGCGCUGCCCUUCUUCCCCGCGCCCACGCCCUCGCCCGCGUCCGCCCUGCCUGCUGCGUGCAUGCGCCCCCCCCACGUGCCCGCUUCAUUCCUCUCACCGCCACUGCCCGCCUCGCCUGCCCCCUUCGCCCUGCUCCGCCCCCAUGCGCCCGCCACUGCCCUGCUGGCCCGCGGCCUGGGGGCGGGGCAGCACCCCCUCGCUAUGGGGCAGCAACAGCAGCAGCAGCAGCAAGAUCAGCGGGUGCUGGGGCGGCAGAUGCUGAUGUUCCAUCAGCAGCAGGUGCAGCAGGGGGUGAGUGAGGAGCAGUUGGCGCGGCAGCACCAGAGCGCGGUGCAGAAGCAGUGGGUGGAGCAGCACGAGCAAGCAAGGAGGCACGAGGUGGAGACAGCACGGCUCGGCAGUGCCGGCACGAGCAGCGGCAAUUACAUGAGCGCCAGUGGCGGCAUCAUGGCAGGUAGCAUGGCAGGUAGCAUGGCAGGUAGCAUGGCAGGUAGCAUGGCAGGUAGCAUGGCGGGCAGCAUAGCAGGCAGCAUGAUGGGCGGUGCAACGCAUUUGCUUCCUGCCAGCCUUGCAGCCCGCCAGCCUGCAGUGUUGGUCCGCCCCCCUCCCCCGCCCCCACCCAAGUGGCCUGCUUCUGUGCCUGCCUCGCUCCUUCCACCGCCUUCCCACCUGCCUCGCGCCUCCUCCCUUCCUUGUAGCACCCAUGCUUCCUCCUCCACUGCCCCUCUCUCCACAUGCCCCUCCCCUUCUGUUGCCUCCACUCGCCUCUCACCCCGCGCCCUGCAACCUCCGUCCCCUGCCGCCCCGCCUGCUGCUGCAACGCCAGCCCCAGCAGCAUCUGCGCUCACUGCUGCCGCCGCUGCUGCUGCCGCCAGUGCAGGCCCAGCAGCAGCAGCAGGAGGGGCAGGCGGGGCGUGCGUGAUGACGCCAGCGGAGAAGAUAGAGAAGCUGCGGCGGAGGCAGCAGAUGAAGGCAGCUCAGGUGCAGCUGGCGUUGGAGCAGAGGAAGCUGUCGCGCCUGCAGCACCUGCACGCCGCCCACCACCUGCACCACCUGCACGCCGCUCAGCACCUCUCCCACCUGCAGCACCUGCAGUUGCAGCAGCAGAUGGGGGCGCAGCAGCAAUUGCGGGCGCAGGCGGCAUGCAGCAGGCACCCCCCGGCGUGGGCCGCACCUACCCUGGCAGCGGCUCGCCCUCUGGCCGUGGUGCUCAGCUCCAGCAACCUCGAGAGAUUCGCCACGUCAGCCUCCACGUCAGCUGCUGUAGGGGCAGGGCGAGACGGCAGUGGCGUGGUGGCAUCGUGUGGGGCGGGCGGGGGGCAGGGCGGGCAUGCAAUGGGCAGGGGUGAGGGCGAAGGGGACGUCGCGAGGGGGAGCGCGGGUGGAGCGGAAGGAGGAGGGGGUGGGGAGUGUGGGGAGGCUUCAGGCAGAGCGGAGGGGGGCAGCAGCAAGAGAGAGGGGGAGGAAGGGGAGGAGGGGUCGGUGGAGUGUGUGGUGCUGGGGCAGCUGGGCAACACCAUGAGCAAGUUGGACGUGCCAACAAGGCUGCUCAUCCGCGAUGCCUUGCUGCGUCUCGCCCACAGCGCCUCCCACCGCACCGCCACUCCCCCUUCCCCGCCUGCCCCCCCGCCGCCUCCUCACUCGCCCUCCACCAACUCCGCCCUCUCCUCCCACACCCACUCCCUCUCCCUCACAUCCCCCUCCCUCCGCCGCCACUUGUCCGAGCCUACACCUGUUGCCAACCGCCGAGCCUCGUGCACAGCUUCGGAGGCGUCGGUGGCACGGAACAGCAGUGGUGGGCAGCACUCCGCGGUGGACGCCCAUGCCGCUCCAGAGAGCACAGGGGAGGCGGGCACGAACGCGGUGGACAGGGCCAUCGCCAAUCUGCUCUUCCACCGCCCCUCGCCGCCCGCCCCUGCCCCGCCUGCCGCUGCCCCUGCUGCCGCUGCCUCUGCUGCCACUGGGGUGCCCGCCAUGCCCCGCGCUGCUUCUGCUCCAGGGGGCGUGCAGGGAGGUGCACGAGAGGCGGUGCUGGGAGGGCGGGGGGAUGGGGAAGGGCUGUGUGCCGCACCUGCUGCCACUGCCGCCCCGCCCUGUGCUGCCAUGUCCACCCCACACUCUCACAGCGCCUUCUUACCCCGCCCCUCCCCCAUGCACAUCUCGUCGCCUCUCUCCCCUCCCCCCCCCUCGCCUGCCCCCCAAAGGCACUCUCUCUGCUCGCCCAUCGCCACUACCUCCUCCUCUGCUCCCGCCCUCUCCCUCUCCCACUCCUGCGCCUCCCCCAUCCCCACCACCCCCUCCACGCCCACCACCACCACUACUACCACCACUAGGGAUACCACCACCACCCUUCGUCCCCUCCCUGCUGGCUCCUCAUCCCUCUCCUCCCACCAGCAGCAGCAGCACCACCACCAACAACAACAACAGCAGCAGCUUGCCACGCUGAUGUGGCAGCCCCGUGGUUUGCCACCUGGCACACGCUGGUUACCAAGUCUAGCCAGGGCUGCUCCGGACGUCCUUAUGGCAGGCUCGGAGGCAGGUCUGGCCGAGGCUGGGGGCAAGCUGGGCAUGGGUGUUGCUUCAGGUGUAUCUGACUCGUCGCUGCCAUCCAGGCUUCCGGCGCUGCCUCCCACUCUCUCAGCGUCAUCAGGGCGGCCAGGUGGCGUGCUGCCAUUGGUCCAUGGCGCGGGGGACGGCAGCAGUGGCGGCAGCAGCAGGGAAGCGCAGCAGGCAUUCAGUGAGAUGCUGUGUCGGCAGCAGCAGCCGCAGCAGCAGCAGCAGCAGCCGCCCUUCCAGGGCGCACACACGGGAGCAGGGCAGCACUCUGCCAUGCACGCGGUGCUGGGAGGAGGUGCCGCCAUGGGCAUGGGCAUGGGUACGGGCAUGGGAACGAGUAUGGGCAUGGAUAUGGGUAUGGGCAUGGGUGUGAGGAUGGGCGGGAGAGCAGACGGUAGCAUGGAGAUGGGGGUGGAGGGCAGUGUGGGCCUGAUGGGGUCAGGCAUGGCGGGCAUUGCAGGGGAGGCAUGGGGAAGAAUGGGGGGAGAGGCGUGGGGGGUUAAGGGAGGGGGAACAUGGGGGGCUGCCGCGGGAGACAUUAGAGACAGCGGUUUGGGGAGAGGGGCAGAGCAAUGGGAGGGCUUAGGUCUGGUGUGA